AUGACGCAAGAAGAUAAAGAACCCUCGAAGCCCAACACUCCACGGGCAUCACCUUCUCCGAACCAGCCCUUUCCAUCAUCCAAGAAUGUAUUUACUACUCCACAGGGUUCUCCAACCACUUCGAGGAACCAUCCAACUCUGGACGGGGAUAAUAUCUCAACCACAGCAGGAGAUGAUCCACCAGAUUUGAUGACUGCCCCUCCACGGCCUGGUUUUCCCUACUGGAAAUCUCAGUUUCCGCGUGUAACCUCAGUGGACAGCGACCCUAUCUUUCAGCUAGUAGAAGAACAGAUGCUUGACGCCGACAACAGCGAUAUUGAAAGUGAAAGGGUGGAGAAUAUGAAGAAACCAAAGAAAACUUCUGGGUCUGUCAAGAAGCCAAAACAAUCAUCUGUUCCAAUCAAGACGUCAGAGAAGACACCAGUUCAGACCAAGAAGCCGAAGAAAGAACUAGAGGUGACUGGCAGAUCCUAUAGAGUCACUCGGGCCAGUACUGUUGGUCCACAUCCUGGUAAGUCUCCUACACCUCCUACUUCGAGUUCUGCUCCAGCUGUUUCUUUGUGGAAUGUGAUGUCACAAAGAAAAAUUCACUCUGAGAGGAUGUUGCAUGUGGAAGAAUUUGAAGAAAUAGGGAUAGUGCAACUUUUAAAGAAACAAAAACUGUUUGGUACUAUGUCUAAAAUUCAACCAUUCGUCAAAAACAUUGUGGUGGAAUUUUAUUCCAAUUUGCUAAAAGCGAUUAAGGACCCACGCUCUGCCACAUUUCACAAGGUGCUAGUGUGCGGAACCAAAUUUGACUUCUCACCGACAGGGAUCAAUGUUUUCUUUGAAAGUCAUAUGGAGUCCUCAAACCUUGAAGUUGACUUUGACAAGGUAAUUUCAGAAUUAACAGCUAGUGUUCGGUGUCUAUGGAAUAAUGAAACUAGUUUCCCAGCUGCAGAUUUGAGUUUGAAAUACUCAGCUCUGCACAAGAUUGCUGUGGAGAAUUGGUUACCCACCUUUCACACCACCGGUGUACACAAGCAGUUGGCCAAUGUGCUCUAUUUCAUCGGAACAGUUGUCCCAUUUGAUGUUGGUUUGCUCAUCUUUGAAGAAAUUGUCAGCCAUGCAGAAGUCACCUCAUCAAAACCAGCUCUUCCUUUUCCUUCAUUUGUAUAUGGAAUUUUAAUGUCUCAACAGAACAUUAGGACUCCUGAGGAUGUGCUGGAACUACCCACCAAACCAAUUAGAAUCUCUCAGAAGCUUAGAGAAUGCAAGCAUGUGAAUGACGUGCAGGGGGAGAAUGAUUGCAAUAGAGCAGAAGUUGAGGGGGAUAGUGUUUCUGACAUUCUGCUGCAUCGGGAUCAGGAAUUGGCACGGCUCACCAAGCAGGAGAAGGCCCUUGCGCAAGAACAAAGGGAAAUAGCUCAAAGGAAUAGGGAAACUGCGGCCUUCUUGGCAGAUUUACUUGCUACAUCAUCCGUUCCAGAAGCUGCACCAGAGUCUGCUCCAGAAUGA